GAAGACUUGGCUUUUUUUAUGCCGUCAAGAGAGGGCGUGUUUUGUUCAGGGCAUGUGACCAAACAGCUGUACGGUGUACACACGAUCGAAGCCGAUACGGAGAGGAAUGCUGCCUAAAAUGUCUCCUUUUUGACAAGGAUCAUGCCCGUAAGUUAACAGUCACCAUGAUAAGUCUCACUAUCAGACAGGACCCUCUGUAGUUUUGUGAACAGAUGAUGUCACACCGUUAGCAACAUGGCCAAGCCGUUGACGAGCGGGAGUGGAACCACGGCCCACCCGGAUGGGUUUCACAUUUUGGCCGAACUGGUAUCAGCCGAAGGCCUGACAUCACCCAUCAAAGCAUCCGGUAGAAUAAAGUACACUUGUAUUGGUGUUUCUAAGAAUUACAUCGGUCUGGGUGCGUCAUCCGGUAGUCUCUACGUCUUUCAUCGCAACACUUUCAAGUAUCUUCAGGUUUUCUCCAACACGGAAGGAGCCCUAACUAAAGUAGUGUUUGCACCUAACGACAACAUGGUUGGCAUAGCAACAAGCCAAGGCGUUAUCAUCACAUGGGAGCUGAAUAUUGACAGACGCGUGAAGUCGGAACGCCUCGCGAUGUCCUCAGCACAUCGCAACGGCGUUGUAACGGCAAUGAUAUGGGACACCACCAGUGAGCGACUCUUUUCUGGUGAUAAUCAUGGACGUAUCACAUUUGUUAACGUCUACCAUCGAAAGAUGUCUGGCCUUUUCAAGUUGCCUACGGAACUCGUGAUGGAUGCAGACUCGGCCAUUGUGCAGCUGGACUACUGCGAUGAUAAACUACUCGCCUCCACGACAACCAAGUGCUUCAUAUGUGACACCAAAAAGAAACAAGCUUAUGCAGUUGGAACAAAACUCAGGGAUGGGCAAUUUGGAGCUUGUUUUCUUCAGAAGGCAACCAAGGAAUUUCCCCUGGUGUACUCCGCCCGCCCCAGCAGCAGAAUAUGGGAGGGCAACAUUGUGGGGCAGGUCUUAGCAACGCAUCAAUUCAAGCAUCUACUUACUGUGCCGUCACUACCUGUAGUUGGACCUGGACGUUCGCCAAUUUUCCCUGGCGCAGAUCACACCCAGAAAUCUCAAUCUCUCAACUUUGCACAACUCUUAACAUUUGGCCACGGACAUAACCUGCUGCUUACUUGGACCACCAGAGCAAUCUACGUGUUUGACCCAACUCAUAUCAAGGUCAUGGUGUGGUCCAUGGACUUCAAAGAUAUACUUUGGGCAUGUGUCUACAAGUCCAGAGUGUAUUGUCUCCAUCCAAACUCCCAAGUCCGAUGCUACACGUUGCUCAGUGCGGAACGUUGUAUCUCCAGACUUUUUGCGCUCAGUUUAUGGGAGCAGUGCGCGCAAGCAGCGGUAUACUUCGCGGAGAGGGUUAAGCAAGGCAACGCGCGCCGAUAUGUCCCCCGCAGCUUGAUUCAGGAAGUUAAUUACCAGUUGAUGGAUGGUAAUGCGGACGUGGCGCUGAUGGGAAAGAUGGAGGAGUUGCUAAGCAACAUGGAGGAGGAUGGUCUGUCGACUCCGGGAAGCAGUCGCCGUAGCAGCCUCGAAUCCUCCGAGGGAUUUCGGCUAGACUCAGGCAUCUACAUGGUACGCAACCGCGCAGGCAGCGACGAUUCGGUGGAAGAUUUCCCCAUCCAGAAAAUCCGACCUAAUGUCGUUGAUCAGGAAACCCAGAUGGAUGAUGGGAUGGAGGGGUACGACGCAAAGGAUGAUGGGAAGUCUGAUUCAAAGGUUAACCAGGACAACGCUGUAAACUUCCUUGACACCCUAAAUCAGAAAGUAGCAGCCCUUGCUCUCUGCGAACCAUUGGAAGAGGAAAAAGAAAGUGAAUACGUAGACCAGGAGCACAACUUUGAAUUGAACUAUGACAAGGAUGUAGCAACACUCUCUUCUGGGAGAGCCCAAGCAUUGCCAAGCUUUCAGGAAGAAGCAGCUCAAGACAAAACAGAGAUGGAGAGUUUUGAAGACUUUGAUGAGGAGGUCGAAGUGGAUGAUAGUUUUGUCAUGGAGGAGGCCGAAGAGAUAGAAGGACCGGGGGAUUUGGCUAGCGGCCCGGCUGGCAUCAACUGGGGUAUCAGUCAGGGCAAGCUGGGGUUACGAAGACAAAGCUCACUACUGGAAGAAAUCGCUGAGAAAUCAUCUGAAGGCCAAACAAACGCAUUGGUCAAAGAGGGGGAGCUAGACACCAGCAUUGCCGAGUCCCUCAAUUCUAGCAGUGACGAUCCUGUGAUAAAUACGCUGACAGACCCCAAGACAGAUGGCAGAGGGGACAGCCAAUCAAGUCAAGGGAAGACGGAAACCAGUUCCCAUGGUAACCAAGGUGGCUUAACCAAUCAGUGCAAAGCAGAUUUGGGUGGCACAUCAUCGCAUGAUGCAACCACUUCUAGUAUGACGUCAUCUAAUGGCAGCUCAAGCCAGUUUGACCAUUCAGGAACGGACAAUGAGCAAAAUCACGCACCUGAUUCAGGCAGACCAACUUCAAAUGCUAACUCACUUACUACACAAGACCGUUAUUCUCAAUUGGGCCAAGUGAUUCCAAUGGAGGCAGACUUGUCACUGAAGUCAUUUAGGAAUAACGAAGAUCCGUGUAGUGAUAAGCCUUUGAGACCACAUAAUUUACCGCUAGAGCCAGCAUCAGAUAUUGAUCUCAAAAGCAGCUCCUUCUCAGAAGGGACAGAACAUGCCUUGGAAGACUGGCCAGUCGUUCGACGGUCAAUCUCCAUGCCAACUGCUGAUCACAUGACCAGCCCUGAUGUGGACGGACGCAGGCCCAGGAAGCAGUCGUACUCCAAGGACAAGAAACGCUCCAAGAAAAGCAGAAUUAUUGAUUUCGACAAACCACAAUCUCCUUCCAAAGCUGAUGAACCACCGAAGACUGAUUCCGCAUUUGCUGCAGCAGUAACACCCAAGGACCCUUCAAAGCAGCAGGCCCGAAACCCACCAACAAGUACCCCAACCAAACGGUCCCAAAGUCUCACCCCUGAUCCUACUCUUCCGCAAUCACCGACUUCCGUCCCCUCCAAGAGGACCAGCCAGCCAGAGAUCCCCCCUCACAUCCAAAUGGACUUUCUCAGAUCCAGCAGCUUUAGCACUGAACCUAUGGGUGGGUUGGGAACAUUCAAUUCCAGUGAGGAGAUGUUUUUGGGCGGGCCCUCUAUGAUGUUUUCCAUGGCCGGGCCAAAACUUGCCGCUCAGUUUUUCGCACCGUCUUUUUCUGCAGUCAAAGAAAGCCUAUCAUCCAAGUUGGUCAAAACCAAAACAUUCCUGAAACAGAUGAGCGAGCCAGAAAUUGGCAACCUGCCAGUGGACCACCCUGUCACCACGGAAACGCAAGCGGAAGUACUCGCCCUGAACUCACCUCAGUCUCCCUGCAAAGACCCAACUUCCCCCCAACACUCCCCUCCAAAAGACACCCUACAAAGGGGUUUAUCACAUUCCUUUGAAUCGGAACCCUCACUGUCACGAUCAAGUCUUCCAAAAGUUACAUCAGUUGAAUUGCAGACAAGUUCCAACAAACCUUUUGAUCCAGAAAAGGAGAAAGUUGAAUACUGCAAUGGGCUUCCAGAUGAUGCUGUUGUUAAGAAACUCGCUUUAGCAACAUGGGAUACAAAACACAGCUUGCAGGACCCCAAAUUGUCCCUGAGCAACAGAAAUUGCCGUGAUAUCCUGGAAAAGUGGUUGCAUGUGCUGCAAAAUGCGCUAGCUUCCAAAAAUCACCAUCUACAAACUGAGUCCUUUGAAGAAGCUCAGGAAACAAUGCCAGUUGAUCAGCAAACCGGGGAUCAAAAAGAAGUAACUUUUCACCUUGAGUCGAGUGGAGAAGAUCAAAGCGCCCCCUCUGUUGGUGAAGAAUGUCCAGUCUUGUCCAAUCACAGUUUAACAAACAAAGACUUGCAGGUUGAUAAAAUAAAUGAAUUUGAGAGGGAUGCUUUGAGUUUACCUGUUAAGAGUCGGAGUAAAAGUGACUCCCAGCUUUCGGACCCAUUUUGUCUCCCUGCGCCAGUCUUAGAAGAUGUGUCCAAACUAGCAAUGCUUUGUUUCGAGAUGGCAGUGUUUGAUAGUGAUGCUAUCGUCCAAUCAGAUUCACCGUCUGAUACUGAGAGGAGUGGCUCUUACCAAGAUGAAUCCUCAUCUCCAGAGACUGACCAAUCACAUCCAUUCUUAGAUCCCAAUAUGAACACUCUCCAUGACAACACCUCAGUAACCCAGUCCGUGAUUGGCUCAUUGCACCCAAAUCCCAACAGCCCGAAAUUUACAGACCAAUCAAAUGCACUGUCUCAUAAUGCCGCACAACACAAUGUGCCUGACUGCAGCAGUCAAGGAUGCGUAUCCAUGGAAACAGAGGGCAUCAAGUUAGAGGAGCAAGAUCAGAAAUCGGCCAACUUUGUGACUUCAUUUUUCUUUCUGGUGGAUGUAGAGAGGGUUCGAGAGAUCUUGAAGUGGCGAGAUGGUUGGCGGAAACUAACAAUGGCAGCCAUUUUGGAUUGCUUGCAAGCGAGAGAAAGAAAGAAUGAAACUGAAAUAGAAAGCAUCAGUAGACUUGUCCAAGUCAUCGAGGACGACACACACAGAGGAAAACCUGCCAAUAUCUCCCAUAUUAAUAGGUUGAUCCAACAUGGACAGAUAGAGACAGCCCUUGAUGUCAUGCUGGGUGCAUUCCCGGAUCUUGUUCCAUGGGAGGUGCUUCAUCUCACUCAAGCAGACACAGCCCCUCCUGGCUGCUUUCUGGACUACGCUUCGGCGUUACUGGAAUCCGUGGAAGCCAUGGAUAGGGACACCAUGCUGGCUUCCAUCUGCAGUGACCUUGAGGUCAAAUGUCACUUGUUGACCUCUACCCUUUCCCAGGGUGCACCUGCAAAGGCUGAGCUGUUCUGUACAUGUGGAAAUAUGCCAAGGCCUGGAUCCCAUGUGUUGGUAUGGCAGUAUGGUACCCUGACUGACCAGAUACUAUCUUUACCUGGGACUGGUAGAGACAGACUACUGAGUGUGUGCAUUCAACAUGGCUACUGGCCGGGUGUGCUGAGGUUGUACUUGCAGCUACAUCAGAGAGGACAAGCGUUGAAGAUGGCGGUGCAACUCGCUGAUAUGAAACUUCUCUCAAAAGAAGGAAUCUUGCCAAUGAAUAUGGAUGAGUGGAUCCUGCUGCUGAAUCUGAUGAGCCAGUCACAGUCAGUCUCCAAUACCAUCCAAUGUCUGUCCUGCAACGCCAUGCUCCUUGUUAAGCACAACAAUCAUUGGCUGACCACCCUAGCAACCAGCCAAACCUCAUCAGACGAGGUCUGUGAUUGGUCAACCCAGGACAGUUCAUCUAAACCCGAAUGUGACUGGGGCAUUGAUUGUAAGGACUCAAACCAAGAUGGGAUUAAGCUGCCAUCUGAUUGGUUGCCCUCGGUCACAUGGGAGAGUAUUGGCAAGCUAUUGGUCAAGAGCGUUGGUCCAGGAUUGGCUACAAGAAUGUUGACAGAUACUUGCAUACCAUGUGGGGAGCUAUCAAAAGAGUUCUAUAAGAACUGUGUUCUGGUUGGAAUGCUUGAGAAGAACGAAGGUAAUGUGUGCUGGAGUAUGUUGGAAGGUAUAGAUACGUACCUGUGGUCAAAGCGCAACAACACAAUGGCGCCCUCUAUCUACCAUCAGGUUCUACAGGAGCGUGCACAGGCGAUGAAUAAUGAUGGCUCGGGCUCGGAGACAUUCAACUCAAAGGUACCUAAGCCUGAUGCCGUUUCCAAGAGUUCCUGCCUUUUCAUUGAGGAUAAUGACUGCCACUGGGGAACCAAUGUCAAGCUGAAUAGUGAUUGUGAGUUAUGUGGACUUGCAUUGUCAGCUACAGUUUCUGCCCGGAAAAGCGGACUGCUGGCAUUUCCCUGUGGGCACACGUUCCACUCAGCUUGUGUGGUUGAGAGAGCCUGCCUGCUGUGCUAUGAGCUGAAAUGCCAGAGUCUCUAAUGACUGCAUCAAAGUGUAUCUGCAAUGUAACAGCAUUAACGAAGUGGGUUCUUUUCAACAACUUGGUGCUCAGAGUGCUACGCCCACUCGUCAGGCCUGUCAAGUAUUUCUUGGAUCAGCAUUGU